AUGGUGAUGAUCCUAAGUAAAAGCCUCGACAAACAGGGAGCUGACUCCAGAGCAUGCAGGACCUUCAACCCUGAGCUGCACACGCCAAAGAAGAUGAGUCAAGGACCGACACUUUUCUCUUGUGGAAUUAUGGAAAAUGACAGAUGGAGAGACCUGGACAGGAAAUGCCCUCUUCAGAUUGAGCAGCCGAGCGCCGGCAUCUGGGAGUGCCUGCCGGAGAAGUGUCAGGACGGCGCCCUGUGGCACCGGGAGGCUGCGACCGCCUGCGCCGUGACCAACCUGAUCAAAGACCUCAGCCUCAGCGACCACAACGGGAACCCCUCAGCGCCCCCCAGCAAGCGCCAGUGCCGGUCACUGUCCUUCUCCGAUGAAAUGUCCAGCUGCCGGACAUCGUGGAGGCCCUUGGGCUCCAAAGUCUGGACUCCUGUAGAAAAGCGACGCUGUUACAGCGGAGGCAGUGUUCAGCGCUAUUCCAACGGCUUCAGUACCAUGCAGAGGAGCUCCAGUUUCAGCCUCCCUUCGCGGGCCAAUGCGCUCUCCUCACCCUACGACCAGGCGGGAUUCCAUCACCGAUUCGGAGGUCAGCCCUGCCAGGGGGCGCCAGGCUCGGCCACCUGUGGACAGGCGGGUGACAUCUGGAGCCCCGACCCGAACCCUGUGGGCGGGGGCCGGCUCGACAUGCCGCGGCCCCUGUCCUGCUCCCACGAGCAGUUUUCCUUUGCGGAGUACUGUCCACCCUCAGCCAACAGCACACCUGCCUCAACGCCAGAGCUGGCUAGACGCUCCAGCGGGCUGUCCCGAAGCCGCUCCCAGCCGUGUGUCCUUAACGACAAGAAGGUCGGCGUUAAGCGGCGGCGCCCAGAAGAGGUGCAGGAGCAGAGACCUUCCCUAGACCUUGCUAAGAUGGCACAGAACUGUCAGACCUUCAGCAGCCUCAGCUGCCUGAGUGCGGGGAUGGAGGACUGCGGCCCGCACAGCCCCUUCGCCCUCCAUGUCAGCAGCACCAGGUCCUGGACUGCCUUGCUCUCGGCCUCGGCCUCCAGCCUGGGGGGCAGGACCCCCGCCGGGACCCCGGUCCCCGAGCCUCUGCCCCCGGCUUUCGACGACCAGCUGGCCUGCAAGGAGGAGCAGUGCUGUGAGGAGUCGGGCGGCUGCGCCCUGGCCGAGGGCUGUGCCAGGAGUUGGGGGCCGGCCUCAGCCUGGCGGGACCGCGGGGCAGCCGGCAACAGCCCCUGCUCCCUGGACGGCGAGUUGGACAUCGAACAGAUAGAGAACAACUGA